GUUAUUGGUGAAAUGUGAAAAACGAAGUAGGAAGAAGGAGAGAUUGCACGGCCGUCACCGGCGAAGGAGAAGAGGAGGGGAGACAAAUGUUAACGUCCAGGUCUCUCUUUAGAAUUGAUCGUGUCCUUGGUUUCACGAGUAGAUGCGUAAAAUCCACUCCGGGAUCGUUCAGUAUCAUGAGCAGUGGUGCAAAAGCUGACCCGAGUUCAAUGGGAGGAUGCAAGAAGCAGAAGAUGGUGAAUCUUGAAUGGAGACGAAUCUCCACUCAGUCAACUUCAGUUGCAGAAGCUGUGAAUGAAGGCCAAGAAGCUCUGUGUAGCGCAUCGAGUGACGUUACUGUUUCUGAGGAGGUCACACAGUUUGUUGAAGGAGUGAAUGAAGGUUCUGGUAGUGAUAUCGGUUCUCGUACCUUGCGCGUGAAUGAAGAAAUCUCAGUUGUCACGGCUGAAAAGCAUUCAGUUUCCCUAGAGGUCGGUGCUUCUGUAAUUAGGUUCAUUCGUGGGAAAGAAGGGUCCACUCAAAAGACAAUUGAAGAAGAAACGGGUGUGAAAAUCAUUCUUCCAUCAUCGAGGAAGGAAGAUUGCAUCUCUAUUGAAGGUAUUUCAGUUGAGUGUGUGACUAGAGCUUCAGAAAGAAUAGAGACCAUUAUCAAUGAGGCUGUGAUGAGUCCGAGUCUCGACUACUCACACUUCAUAUCACUGCCAUUGGCCAUACACCCCGAGUUGGUGGAGAAGCUCGUGAAUUUUCAGAACUCUAUAUUGGGGAACAAUGAUACGGAAGUCUAUGGCCAAGAUGAGAACUCAUCUGAAAACGAAAAGGGCCAGCCGGUGAAUAAAGAAUCGGGUUCUACGGUUGAGAUGAAAGCUGAUAGUGAAACAUACCAAGCCAAUGUGGAUGUAAAGAGAGUACCUCUUGUUAGUUAUCUACCUAAGGCUGAAGGAACGGAAUCAUAUACUUUAUACGACUUGGGAAUCGAAAAAUCCAUUUUUAUUAAACCGAAAACCUUCCACUUGACCGUGCUUAUGUUAAAGCUGUGGAACAAGGAUCGACUGAAUGCAGCCCACGAUCUCCUGCAGAGUAUCUACCCAAGUGUGAUGGAUGCUUUGGAUAACCGCCCUUUAUCCGUAAGACUCAAAGGAUUGGAUUGCAUGAAAGGAUCUUUAGCCAAAGCCCGCGUCCUCUAUGCUCCCGUGGAAGAGCUUGGCAACGAGGGCCGGCUCUUACGUGCUUGUCAAGUUAUCAUUGAUGCAUAUGUGAAGGCUGGACUUGUUCUUGAGAAAGAUGCAAAGCAAAGCUUGAAGCUUCAUGCCACUGUGAUGAAUGCAAGGCACAGGAAAAGCAAGGAUAGAAGGAGAAAGAUGGAUACUUUCGAUGCACGAGAGAUCCACAAGAGGUUCGGGAACGAGGAAUGGGGAGAGUAUCUUAUUCCCGAAGCUCAUCUUUCGCAGCGUUUUGUGUUCGGUGAAAAUGGGUAUUACCAUUGCUGUGCUUCAUUACCAUUUCCUUCAAAAGCAGAAGCAGAAGCCUGAAAGGUUAAUAUUCAGUGGCUGAAAUUGCUGAUUAUGCAGAGACCGGACAUGACAUCGUUUUCUGGUGUUUGGUUCUGUGAUCUGUCUUGGAAGAGCAAUGUAUGUGUUUGGAUUGUUUCUUUUGUCGGAAUAUUUUGUUCGGUCUAAUUUAUUUUAGAUUUUUUCUG